AUGGCUGCUGUAGAGACAUUGACCACGUCGACGCCUCUACCCAAGUACGUGCAAACUCCAGUCACUCAAGAGGAACUUGACUGGGCCGAUCUUGUAACACUUGAUCUAUCUGACUUCGAUAAGUCGGGCGGAAAAGAGCGUUUGACAAAGCAGCUGUUCAGCGCCGUACAGAACAUUGGCUUUUUCUAUGUCAUAAACUUCGGUCUUAGCCAAGACGAGGUUGAUCGACAGUUUGCUAUAGGCAAAGAGCUCUUCAAUCUACCGACAAAGGAGAAGCUCAAAUUCAGAGCAGACCUUGAGAAUGGCGGAUACAAUGGCUACAAGCCUUUGGGUCUAAGAGAGAUCAAGCCUGGCUACUACGACAAUACAGAAAUUUACAACAUACCUAAAUUCAUCCCGGCAUUCCAGCAAGCUCACCCAGACAUCGUCAAAGCCCACUAUGACGAGAUUGAGCACUUCAGCAAGCAGAUAUAUGAGCGGGUAGUCCGAAAGCUUCUUGUUCUGUUUGCACUGGUACUGGAGCUGCCAGAGGACUAUUUCUUGCAGACACACGAGUACGAUCAGGACUCCGACUGUCAUCUGCGAUACAUGAAGUAUCAUAAGAAGACUGCCGAAGAAAAUGCGCAGAUAGACAACGUUUGGGUCAAGGGUCACACAGACUUCGGCUCAUUGACCCUCCUGUUCCGCCAACCCAUCGCGUCUUUGCAGGUCCGAACACCAGAUGGCAAAGGCUGGAAAUGGGUAAAGCCAUACCCAGAGAGCAUCACAGUCAAUCUCGCAGAUGUCCUAGAAUUCAUCACCAAUGGAUUUUUAAAAUCAAGUAUUCAUCGCGUUGUGGCUCCACCUCCUGACCAAGCGAAUAUCGAUCGACAUGGCGUACUGUAUUUCGUCCGACCAAGAAGCGACCUGUGCCUUGAGCCCGUGCGAUCGAGAGUGCUCGAGAGGCUGGGAUAUGAUAAGCUUGUAGACGAAAAGGCCGUAGGACUGACGGCAGGUGAUUGGGUGAAGGCUCGAGUGAAGAAAAAUGUGAACAAAUAUCCUAAUGGAAAAGGCCCAGAACAGGAGACGGAAAUACUUGGUGGUGUAAAGGCGAAGUACUAUGACUAA